GUCUCUGUUGCAAUACGGAACCACCAGCGGACGGACACACUGCUUGUUUUUCGUUUUUCAAAACAAACCAGUUGUUCUACGUGUAGCUGCGUUGUAUGUUACCUAAACCGCUGAGAUGAGUUGGUAACGUUCUUUAUAAAGCACUAGGUUGAUAUGUUAGUGUGUCAGACGGGGUUAGCGGACAUUAGCUCUGAAUAGCUGUCCGGUGUUGUUAGCUCGCUAGCUGAUGUAUGCUAGUCACGCAAUGGUGUAGACUGUUUUAGCCAGCUAGUUGUCGUUAGCCGCAUUAGCAACAUGAUCUAAUGUUAUCUAAGCUGUUUGUUGACAGAUCGCAACACGCAACACUGUAUAUGACAUCGAGAUUAUAGCCUGGGCGUUAUCUAACGUUAACGUUAGCGGGCACACAUCCGCUGUACUCAUCUCAACGUCAGCUAGCUGCUAGCUUCCACUGUCAGCACGUCAUGUUGACUUAUUGAGCAAUGUAGCCGAGUGACGGGAGGAUGUGACUACUACGGGCAGAGCUCGCUGCCAGCCAGUGGAGGUAACUGCUUUGUGCAGUGAGGUCAUGCUUGACUUGGGGAAGUGUCCAUUGUUCAAGUGAGUUCCCUCCACUAAAUAGUGGUGAAAAGGUUAAUUACUAUCGGUGAUAUUGUUGGCCUUGUUGACCUGGACCAUGCCUGGGAUCCUGGUGUUUGGUCGGCGGUGGGGGAUCGCCAGUGACGACCUGGUUUUCCCCGGAUGCGUUGAGCUGUUCGUCCGUGUACUAUGGUGGAUCGGCACGAUGGUCCUGUUCACCUACCACAAGGGUCAUUUUGAUUGUAAUGGCAGAGGAGUUCUCCACAGCUACCUGGUUGGACUGCUGGUUGUGCUCGCACUCAUCAUCCUGUCACUGUGUGCCAUUGUCUACGUCAGUGCCCAAGGUACCAUCACAAACCCUGGCCCGCGGCGCUCCAUCCCUGCACUGGUGUACCUGCGAGCCCUCCUGUACGUCCCUGAGCUGGUGUGGGCCUGUCUGGGAGCCGUCUGGGUGUCUGAUGACAGCCGGGGCUGCGAUCCUGCCACAGUGGGUGUUGUCAUCACAGCGGUGGUUGCCAGCUGGAUCAUCCUGCUGUUCACUGGGCUGGGCGUGAUGUUUGUGUUCGACCCGCUGGGCAACCCCCGUCCUCAGCCUGCCGCCAUGGAGCCGCUGGGAGUGAGAGACCAGCAGAGCACCGAGGGCGCCCAGUUCCUCUCCACGGCUCGCUCCAUGGCCAUCAAGGUGUGGGAGAGCAGGCUUCGGCUGAUGUGCUGCUGUCUGCCGCAGGACGACAGCCACCGAGCGGCAUUCUCCGGCAUCGCACAGCUCGUCAGUGGAUUCUUCUCCGACACAGACCUGGUCCCCAGUGACAUAGCAGCUGGUUUGGCUCUGCUGCACCAGGAGCAGGACAAGAUGGAGCAGAGUAGAGACCCAGACGUCGUGGUCGAUCACAGCCCGUCCUCUCCCAUCGGAGAAGAUUUGGAGGCAGAGCUGGAGAAAGCAGCUCACUGUAUGCAGUUUGCUGCAGCAGCUUAUGGCUGGCCGUUGUACGUUUACUCUAACCCCCUCACUGGGCCCUGCAAGCUCAGUGGAGACUGCUGUAGGAGUCAGGCAGCCGAGUAUGAAAUCGUUGGAGGAGAUCACCUCGGCUGUCAUUUUUCAUCCAUCCUGCAAAGUACCGGCUUGCAGUACAGAGACUUCAUCUACGUCAGCUUCCACAACCAGAUCUAUGAGAUCCCCUUCUACGUGGCUCUGGAUCACAAGAGAGAGGCUGUUCUGGUGGCUGUCAGAGGAACGCUGUCACUCAGGGAUGUCCUAACAGACCUGUCCGCUGAAUGUGAGAACCUGCCUAUAGAGGGAGUGUCUGGAGCCUGCUACGCUCACAAGGGUAUGUGCCAGGCAGCGGGUUACAUCUACAAGAAGCUGGUCAAUGAUGGCAUCCUGAACCAGGCUUUCUCCAUCGCACCGGAGUAUAAACUGGUCAUCACCGGUCACAGUCUGGGUGCCGGCACAGCGUCACUGCUUGCUAUCCUCUUGCGCAACUCCUACCCCACCCUGCAGUGCUACUCGUUCUCUCCACCAGGGGGCCUCCUGAGUAAAGCCUUAGCUGAUUACUCCAAGGACUUCGUGGUCUCGGUUGUGCUGGGGAAGGAUCUGGUUCCCAGAUUGAGCAUUCCCAAUAUGGAGGAUCUGAAGAGAAGGAUUCUGAAAAUCGUUUCAAACUGCAAUAAGCCCAAGUACCGCAUCCUGCUGCAGGGAUGUUGGUACGAGCUGUUCGGAGGAGACCCGGAUGACUUUCCCACUGAGAUGGACAACAGGAGGGAGGAGGAGCUCAGCCAGCCACUGUUGGGGGAGGAAUCACUGAUAAUUCGCCACUCAUCAUCCUAUCAGAGCCUGGCAUCAGAUGACUCACCUGCCCACACCGCUGCCCACUUACCUCUCUUCCUGCCCGGACGCAUUCUGCAUAUCACAGAAGACGGGCCAUCACGGAGAUCCUGUUUUUCCCAGGUGCGGUACCGUGCAGACUGGUCCAAUGAGAUGGCGUUCAGGAGUAUUCUGAUCAGCCCCAGGAUGCUUGCAGACCACAUGCCCGACAUUCUGCUCCGAUCACUCAACAGCCUGACCAGCGACAGGCCCUACGCCCUCUGCCCGUCAUCUUUGAACAACAGCCAGCACAGCACUAUCUGAAUUGUGUCAUAGAGACUGACUCCUGAUGUCUGUUCUCCAAAACUCUACUUGUGUUUCUCUACACCUGAUACAGGAGCAUUUCAAAUACUCCAUGCUCUACAUUUGCAUCCUGUUUGCAGGCCUGAUACUGAAGCCCCCUUUGGAUUGUAAUGGCAUACAUGAAACCAUAGAGAUGUACCUGCUGUGAGCUCCAUGAACAAACUCCAUCAGUUAACAUGUUGGGGCACAAGUACUUUUGUUAAAUUGCACUUUUAAUUAUUUAAUUCAAGCCAUUGUUAUUAAUUCAACUCUCUGAGUUACUCCAUGAGCAACUUCAUGCCAUGAUCUAUGAAUGUGCGUUGUGUACAAUAUUGGACAGUGCUACAGUUUUACUGUAAUGUACAUUUUAUGUUGGUGUGAGCGCUGAAUGCCCGGUAGAGGCUGCCCCCCUGCUCACUGGAAGGGUCAGACGCUGUCCUCCUUAUGCGUGGGGACGAAUGAAGAGAUCCAGGAUGUGAUGACAUAGGGGUAACCUUUACCUCAAAAUGUGGACUGAAGCAUAACUACUUCAUUGUAUAGUAACCGUAGCUAGUCUGUCAUGUGUUUAAUGUCUUGAAACAUCAGGGUGAACAGUGCCUAUGCAUUACAGAAAAAUAAGUCAACCGAAUUGCUUUUACAGAAAAAGACAGUGACGGAUGCAGUGAGUUUACAGUAAAUACUGUUCUGCAUUUUCUAAAAUGAAGUUUCAGUAGUGCAUGGUGUUUGGAAAAAAAGGAUAGAAAGAUUGUACUUAUUCAUUGUGUGGGAACGUGUUUACUUGUCAUGGAUAUUACUUCUUUUUCAGGUGAUAUAUAAUAUUAAAGUUUGAAUCAACUGA